AUGAAGUCCUCAUCCGUUUUGGCUGCCUUGGCCCUGGCCACUUCCGUCGCUGCGUGGGGCAGCGAGGUAACGAAGAUAACAGAGGUUUACGUGACCUACACUACGAUCUGCCCGGUAACUUCGACAACGACUGAAGCUGGAAAUACUUAUUAUCACACAUACACCACCACCUCGACCAUCGUUGAUCUUAUCAAGACUGCCAUCGUAGAGACGGUUCAGCUUCCAGAUACUACUAUUCCUGUGGAGACUGGCGUCACGAGCACUAUCACGUCUUUAUGUCCUAUUACAGAAACGACAACCAUUGCCGGCGAGACGAUCUACAAGACCUGGACUUCAACUUCUCUUAUUUAUAUUGUUCUACCAACAAAGGUUCAAGCGACCGCUACAGCUCCUCCGACGACCGUGGCAAUUGCAACUGGUGUAACUAGCGUCAUUACUUCUCUCUGUCCCAUAACAGAAACGAAAACCAUUGCCGGCGAGACGAUCACAGAAGUCUGGACUUCGACCAGCUUGAUCUACACUGUAGUUCCGACCAAGGUUGAAGAAUAUACGACUCUCGCACCAAUCACAACCUACGUCGAGACAUACGUCUUCCAGACAUCAAGUUCGCUGUGCCCCAUCACUGAGACUAAAACCGUGUCUGGAAAAGCAGUUGAAGUAGUCUACACAUCCACAAGCUUGGUUGUCGAGAAAAUCCCAACUACUAUCUACGAGACUGUGACAUUUUUGACAACUUGCUACGCCACUCAGGACGUCUAUACGACUCUAUCCGAGUACGAGACAUACUAUACGACCGUCUCAGCUGGCUCCACUGUUGUCAUUCCAGUGACCGAGACUAACACAGUCCUUCUGACUUCCUCCUACACGAUCACCAAGACCCUAGAGUCACCGACGACCAAGGCCACCAUCUAUGUCCCAAUUACCUUGGGGACAUCUGUAUUUGCUACCGAAGUUGUAACGAUUCCGUCUGAGGUGACCGCUACUCUUCCUGGAAGUUCCGUCUUCACCACGAUUCCGAUUGUUCAAUCGAGCACUGUGGCCUCACCAGCGAGCACCAUCACUCCUGUAUCUUCUCCAUCCCCCAGUGCCUCCGCACCCGAGCAAAUCUCAACCAAUGCCGCGGCCCAACCAACAAAUGGACCAUUCGCACUCGCUAUCGCUGGUGCUAUGGCAAUGAUCGCCCUCGCAUAA